GGCCGCGGGGCGGAGGUACCGGCUCCUGUCUCGGACUCCCGGCCCGGGGCUCGGCGGUGCGGCCCCCGCACGCAGCGAGGCCGGCCGAGCUGGCGGGCUGGCCGCGGCACCCCGCGCCCCUCCGCCAGGCCCGCCAUGCAGGGCCCCGCCGGGAACGCGAGCCGCGGGCUGCCGGGCGGGCCACCGUCCACCGUCGCGUCCGGUGCGGGCCGCUGCGAGAGCGGCGCACUCAUGCACAGUUUCGGCAUCUUCCUGCAGGGGCUGCUCGGCGUCGUGGCCUUCAGCACGUUGAUGCUCAAGCGCUUCAGAGAGCCAAAGCAUGAGAGACGGCCGUGGAGGAUAUGGUUUUUAGACACUUCCAAACAAGCCAUAGGAAUGCUGUUCAUCCACUUUGCAAAUGUGUACCUAGCAGAUCUCACUGAAGAGGACCCUUGUUCACUGUACCUCAUCAACUUCCUCCUGGACGCCACCGUAGGCAUGCUGCUCAUCUACGUGGGCGUGCGUGCUGUCAGCGUCUUGGUGGAGUGGCAGCAGUGGGAGUCUCUGCGUUUUGGCGAAUAUGGAGAUCCUCUGCAGUGUGGAGCCUGGGUUGGGCAGUGUGCUCUUUACAUCGUGAUCAUGAUUUUUGAGAAGUCUGUCGUCUUCAUCGUCCUCCUCAUACUUCAGUGGAAAAAGGUGGCCCUGUUGAAUCCCAUUGAAAACCCAGACCUGAAACUGGCCAUCGUCAUGCUGAUCGUCCCGUUCUUUGUCAAUGCUUUGAUGUUCUGGGUAGUGGACAAUUUCCUCAUGAGAAAGGGGAGGACGAAAGCUAAACUAGAAGAAAGGGGAGCCAACCAGGACUCGAGGAAUGGGAGUAAGGUCCGCUACCGAAGGGCCGCAUCCCACGAGGAGUCAGAGUCUGAGAUCCUGAUCUCGGCCGAUGACGAGAUGGAGGAGUCUGACGUAGAGGAAGACCUGCGCAGACUGACCCCCCUGAAGCCCGCGAAGAAGAAGAAGCACCGCUUCGGGCUGCCCGUGUGACACACUCCUGCGCUGGGGUCAGGUUUGGGGGCCCAGCCGGCUGCCGGGUCCUUCCUUCCCUCCUCCCUGCCCUUCCUCUUCUACCUCCGCCCCUCUUGCCGUCUCCGCCCCCUCCCAGACUACUGUGACUCGACAGAGGGAGGACGGGCCGGCGCCGAGGGGUUUGCGGCAGCCGGAGGCUCCCACUCAGUUGCACUACAAACACUGACCAAAUAUGCAAGCGAGGCAUUUUGUCUGUCUGUCGUUGUCCCAGACGGUGUUGUGAGGGACCCAGAAGCCCCGUCCUGUGUCUGGCUGGGUGGCAUCGAGGAGGGAAACACGCACACACACAGGCUGUGGGCAGAACCUUUCCGCAAGGCUCUGGGCGUGUGGACACAUAACACGUUUGGGGCUAAAAGUCACUCAUUGACCAAGUUGGAACCGCAAUGCUUUCUUACUCGAAAUGGCUUUGUAACUACUGAUUUCUAAAGCCGGUUUUAUGAGCUGUCACAGUGUUAAUGUUUUUUGAGUAUGUGUUUAUUUCCUAUGGGACUAAUGGGCAAAACAUAGAUUUUUUAAGUCUUCCGUACGCUGUUGACUUUUAUAUUUUUAAGUUAUAUUUUCAUACUAUUGUAUUUAAAAACUCUUUUUAAUCCCCAAAGAAAUGGGUUUGUUUGCCUUCCAUGAGAUGUGAACUGGUGGGAAGAAAAAGUCAAGAGUUUUGUUAAUUUGGAAUAUUUGUAGGCAAUCUGCGAUAAGAUGAGGUAAAUGGUCUCAGCAGGAAGGGAGAUGAAGCCUUAUCUGAAAGGAACAAACCCAGUGAGUCUGUGUAGGGCAGGCCUGACUGGGAGGCAGCUGGUCUGAAGGUCGAUCUAGGGCCCCGGUGCGUGUGGGACAGGAAGUGCUCUGUCCAGUGGCUUGGUUUUUCUGCUGGCAGGUAGAGGUUUUAGUUAAAUGUGACCAAGAAAAGAGCCUAAGAGGUCUGUGUCCAGAGAAACUGAGACCUCGAGGCCAGCCCUGUGUGUUCCCUGUCUCUCUUCAGAGCCUCCAAAUCUGUAGUUUAAAAUUCAGUCUGGGCCUCCUUGCCUCCCACUGGUGCAGCCUUCAGAACCAGCUGCUGGACCAGCCCCAGGAACUUCCUCUCAGGCUGCCCUCUGCCUCUUGUCUUACUGCAUCCCCUUGUUUUGCACAAUAGUCUGAGGAACCCCUGCCUGCCCAGUGAUCCUGUUUCUCACGUCCUUCAAAGAUACAGGGCAGCUGGGGACGGGGCAGGUUGAGGUGCAAGAGUUUACCAUCUGCCUCCACAGGUAGGCGAGGUGCUUCUAAGCCCAUGUGCCCUCCCCGGGGAGCGGCCCCACUCCUCAGCAUGGCCACAGGCCCCCGUAGCUUUAGGAGUCUGCUGACCACAGUGGAAUGGGUUGGCCUGGGCACUUGCCCUGCUGUGGAAGCAGCACGGUGGAGCAGCCAGGGUUUUGUCACAGCCCAGAGGCAGCCACAGAAGUUAAGGAAUAGAUAACUACACCACUAAGGUGGGAGCUGGAAGUGAGACAGGUGCAGAGAGGCCACCUGGUCCAGAACCUUCCUUUUAGACCUACAUACAAAAGUGCUGCCCUUACGUAGAUUGGGUCUGAAUUGCAGCGUGGGAGCCAAACUGUUAAGCCCUGGGCCUGCCUCACCUUUCACAUCCCACCCAGGGGCAGGGCAGGGGGAGUGGGCUUCUCAGCCCUUCUUCCUGUGGGAGUCUGGACCCAGAGGGCUGAGAGGAACUGGGACCUGUCACUGCCGUGAGCAGCGACUCUGCAAAAGUGGGCAUCUGCCACAGGAGGCAAGAUUGCGUGCAAGACUAGAGGCUGUGUCCGCUUCUGCCCUCAUUUAGGCUGUUAACCCCCUCCCGUCCCUGGCCACGGUGAGGUGUCUGCCCUGGAGAAUCGGUGCUGGGGAAGACCAGAAUUAACGUUGUGCCUGCUGCACAUCAGCCCCUCGUGGCAUUGCUGGCUCCCUGUACUUUUCCCUCCUGUUUCAUUUUGUCUGAACAACCUGUGCCCAUCGCUGUUUCCUGCACCUUACUGAGCUCAGAAUCAGAGAUGUGCUUUCAGCCUUGAGCUCCAGGCACAGCGAGUGGGAGAGACACAGUCCACGAAAGAUGGAAAGUAGGGGUUAUGUAAGCCUCAACAAUCUGCUCUUCCGAAGGCCCUUCCCAGUGCCUGCUGGGCAGUGGGUUUGGGGGACAAAGUGGUGGAGAGUGAGUGGCGGUUUUUCCCUGUAUCCUGAUUUUCAAUAAGGGCUUUAGUCUCUGAGCCACAGUCAUAGAGCUGGCUGACUAGGGGAUGAGUGUCUAAUCAUAGAGGGCCUUGUGGUGUGUGGGACUGGACAGUGUGGCCUUGCCUGUUUGGCCUUAUCUUCCUGUGUGUGUGUGCAUGGGUGUAUAACACACACACACACACACACACACACACACACACAGAGAGUUUGUAUUCCCUGGAGUGUUUCCUGCAGUCACUGGGGGUUUUUCUGUGGUACACUGUCCCAGGAGAGACCAGAUGCAGAGGGCCAUGGUCAGAACUUCCCCUGAGCUGUCCUCCUUCCCUCCCUGGGAUGAGUCUCCUCUCCACCUGCCCCAAGGUGCCUUAUGAGGUACAGCUCUUUACCCAGCCACAUGGCAAGCGUCACUGUGCUUGAGAAACCAUGAGACACCAACUGGACAUUGUGUGCUAUCGUGGACCUAGGCCAAGCCAUGCAUGAUGAAAGCUUAUAAGUCAAGGUCAUGAACAAGUUUCUUGUAACUGAUGGAAAUAACCUGAUGAGGUAAAACUGUCACAUCUCAAUGGAAGGAAUCAUUGUUGGCCUUAUUUCCUUUUGUUGUCAGUGGCAUGUGGACAGUGGCAAAGGGGGAUGUUGGUGAGAUCCUGGGCGGCAGUGGCUUCUUGGUCUGCUCAGAAGACCUUCAAGAUAAGGGCCCGUGGCCCAUUAGUUAACCCACAGGCAUGCUGGUGGCCUCCUGCCUCAAGCUUUAACUCAUGCCCCUUCCUGGCAACAGGGAGUCCUAGGCGAGUAUUGUCCUAUCAUGCCUUUAAAGGGAAAAGAUAAGGCUCAAAUCCUAGGCAGUGUAGUCCUGUGGCCUGCAGCACAGAGGCCCCAUCUGUCAGCUGCCCAGGAGCCCACUCUGGCCUCCAGACAACAACUCACUGGCCUUUUCACAGCCAGGCCAACAUAGACGGCUCUAGGAACUUCUCAUUGGCCAAAGCAGCCACCUUGUAGGGUGUAGGGUUGGCGUUGAGAUGUUGCACACACUUCCAGCCAGGAGUGGAGAGCUCUCUGCUUUGCCCUGUGCGGCACUGGCAGUUCUGAAGGGCUUUGCUCUUGGUGAGGGACUUCUGGUCCAAUGGCUGUCAGCUCCUUGAGCUCCUGGCUGGGUGGGUGGGUUGGUUUCAUUUGAUUUCUCUUUUCAUGAUGUUUCUUAGAACUCAGACCAAUGUGAGCAAACCAUGGCCUAUUUCCACUGCCCUUCUGGUGGGGGUGUUUAAUCAGUGAUGACUCACAGAAACCCAUUUUUGAAAUGAAAGGGAAGAUGAUGUACUUAACAUUGUACAAUGGUUUACAAUAAAGUUUCACAUCUUAAUACCUUUUU